AUGAGAUUCUCCAUCAUAUUCACCGCCCUUGUGGCCACUGCCGUAACUGCGACCCCGGUAGCGCAGUCCGAAAACAAAAUUCCUAAUGAGGCAGCUAUCGUUCAACCGUCAACCGGUGACCAUCCGCCUUAUCCCGCACCGGAUAGCAAGCGCGAAGCUGUUGACUUGGGCUCUACCCUGGCUGCCCGUGAGCCCCAGAAUGGUCGCCCGCCAGCUCGAGGAGGUAAUGCUCGCAACGGGAACCGGCCUGCGCCUCCUCCUCGUUCAGUAGAAAUUCAGGCCCGCCAGAACGGCCGUCCACCGGCGCGCGGGGGCAAUACCCGCAACGGUAACCGACCGCCACCUCCACCUAGAUCGGUGGAUGCUUACCUGGAAGCUCGCCAGAAUCGCGCCCCACCUGCCCGUCCUGCUGGAGGCAACACCCGCAAUGGCAACAGGCCACCUCCGCCACCCAAAGAGCGAUCGGUGGUAGUCGAGGACUUGGAAGCUCGCGAGCUCGAGGACCGUCAGAACCGCAAGCCUGCCGCCAAACCUGCUGGCGCCAACGGAAACCGUCCUCCCCCUCCUCCUCCCAAGGAACGCUCAGUUGAUACCGAAGCUGAGCUCGAGGCUCGUGAGCCCCAAAACGGCAGUCCCCCGACUCGAGGAGGCAAUGCUCGCAAUGGAAACCGGCCGCCACCUCCUCCCCGAUCGAUUGAUAUCGAGGGCAAUAUUGCGGCACGUGCCCUUGAGGACCGUCAAAAUAACCGUGGUCCUCCUGCUAGGCCUGCUGGUAACAAGCGCCCGCCUCCCCGAUCGGUCGGCGCAACAAUGGUGUGA